CAUCGUAAACGCGUUUCUAUUCCUAUUUCAUACUCUGCAGACUGUAGGUACAGCCUUCAGAACUUCUAACUUAACAUCACUCGAGCGUGCCAAUUCUAACCUGACGUCUUCCUUGACCCUUUAUCUUUAAUACCUUCAACUUUCCUCAUCCACAUUGACAUCCCACUACCCACGCCACCUUCUUAAAAGUCCGUUUUAAUCCCAUGUUUAUCUCUACUUGUUUACCUUCUUUACCGUAUUUGUAACUCACACACCACCACUACUUCGGCCGAUUGACUACCUAGGUACUUACCUGGUUACAAUUCAGCCUUCUGAGAAAGCGCCGGACUCCAGUAAAAUCACUACUCUUCACUGGAUUUGACUGGAUUUACCCCUUCAACUUCGCUGGCCAUUCGCCAGAGUAAAUACUGAUCAAGACGAGUUCUGUUGUAUGGCUACAAGCAUCUAACGUUUACCACCGCAAUUCCGGCACCGAAGAAGAGUCCUUCUUCGUCUUCUUCAAGAUGGGUAUCCAAGGGCUGCUCCCACUACUCAAAUCCAUACAGCGACCCACCGAACUCAAGAAGUACAGUGGUGAGACCUUCGGUGUAGAUGCCUACGGCUGGCUACACCGAGGGGCCGUACCUUGUGCCAUUGACCUCGCCCAAGACAAGCCGACUCGGAAAUACGUCGACUUUGCCAUGAGCCGUGUUCGCAUGCUCAAACACUUUGGCAUAACUCCUUACAUGGUCUUCGACGGUGGUUUUUUGCCCAGCAAAGGCUCAACCGAAGCAUCACGAGCCAAGCGCCGAGAGGAGUGUAAGAAGACGGGCCUCGAGCUCUUGAAGGCUGGCAAACCAUCCCAGGCGCAUGUCGAGUUACAGAAAGCCGUUGAUGUUACUCCUGAGAUGGCUCGCCACCUAAUCGAAGAACUCAAGAAGGCUGGCGUACCCUAUGUAGUCGCACCUUAUGAAGCCGAUCCACAACUUGUCUAUUUGGAACGUCAAGGUCUCAUUAGUGGCAUUCUUUCCGAAGACUCAGACUUGCUGGUCUUCGGAGCGAAGCGACUUUUGACCAAAUUAGACCAGUACGGCAACUGCAUUGAAAUCAAUCGGAGAGAUUUCUGCGCUUGCCGAGAGGUGUCUUUCACGGGUUGGACUGACGCUCAGUUUCGACAGAUGGCUAUAUUCAGUGGCUGCGAUUACCUAGAUAGCAUUAAUAGCCUAGGGCUGAAGACGGCACACAGAAUGAUGCGAAAGCACAAGACGCCUGAGCGAGUGAUCCGCAUGCUGCGAUUCGAUGGGAAAUAUCGCGUUCCUACCGAUUACCUAACUCUCUUCGACCAAGCCGAAAAGACUUUCCUCUACUCAUGGGUCUUUUGCCCUAAAGCAAACGAGCUGGUCCAUUUUACCGAGCCCGGUUCUGACAUCAAAGUAGAAGAACUCCCCUUCAUCGGGCCAUCCAUGGAGCCAGAAGUUGCCAGAGGAAUCGCAACCGGGGAUGUGAACCCAAUCACGAAGCAAAAGAUAGUCCUUACAACCACGUCGUCGCCUAGAAAGCGUACUGCAUCGGGAUCUACUCGUGCCGGACCCCAAACGCAAGCCGCCCGAGAACCCCCAGAGAAGCCAAUCGACUCCUACUUCAAGGGUCACCACCGAAUUCCCCUGGGCGAAAUGGAGCCUAAUUGCUUUUCUGUUGACCCCGUACGACUGUCUAACUUAACUGAAAACGGCAAUCGACCUAUUGUAUACCCAUUGCCAAGACCAUACAUUGACGAGACUGACCUUGCCUCAUCUACUGGGUCGCGUGCAUACAUCCGUCGCUCUGAGGGCUCGUCUCGCACUUUACGACGUCGAACUGAGCCAAUUUCUAACCUUCUCAGUAAUGACGGACAUUCUCUAGCAUCCGGAUCACGACGUCAAACCCUAGGGCCAAGACUCAACAUUGCGAGCAAUCCAGUAAAUGCCGGAGCCACCCAGCCGGUUCGACCGCCUAAGAAGGCGCGAUUAUGCGACGAUGCUAGUUCGGAACUUAGCCCUGGCAAGAAUAGAAGCAAAUUCUUCCCGUCUGGUAAAAAAGGGGGCGUUAGUGGCAGGAAAUCGGAAGGGUAUAUCAUGUCGGAUGACUCAAUCGAGGAAGCUUUGAAGGAUUUGCCAGACAUUGGUGAAUGGGGUACUUCGUCAAAGGACCAGAAGGAAGUGAUGGUUUAUCAGGAGCCUCACUCGUCGACAGGUUCCGAAAUAUCUAAGGACGACAAAGAGGAAAUUGAAGGAGAGUCUUCUGGAACCACUGUCUCAGAACAAGACAACGCGUGUCCCAGCACGCCCAGCAUUAUCAAGCAAUUUGCCUACGAAGCGAGCGCUACAUCCAACUUGCCGACGUAUAAACGCGACCAGUCACGUAGACAGAGCAGCUCCACCUCUUCCAUGAGAAGCUCUCUUAUCGAGACGCCUACUUCCUCCAUUACAUCGUUUUUGCCAUCUUCAUCAUCCACACAGCCGUCCACGUCUGGAAGGACCCCAAUGACGACACCUCGUAUGACGCCGCUUCAAAGACUCAGCUCCCAGGCUCUAGGCCGCAACAAGCAGCCAUCAACCCCAAGUUUCACGGCGCCGCGACCACAGAAGCGAUCUAGUCUAGGAAGACGCAGCCUAGAAUCUCUGCCGAUUAAUCCCGCAUUUGUGCCUUUACCGCCUGUCGACAUGGCAGAGGUGGAGGCACUAAACCGACCGGUAGGCAGUGAAGACAUGAUGAUGCCAGAGAGCGAGGAAAAUGAGGAAGAACAAGAGAAUAUGGGGACCAAGAAGUCCAAGGGGAGAGGCACAAGGCCGGAUUUGGCAAGGUUCCUCUUUGUUCAGGAAAGGAUAUAAUCAGAGCAAAGUGGUACACUCGGCUGCCCAUACUAGCUCUGGGUAUGGGAGCUAUGGUUUCGGAUGGCGGUUACAUCAGCAUAGCGCCGGAGUUUUGACAGCAAAGGUUACGGAGUAAAGGCAUCCAUGGACUUUGUAGGCUACAGGACCGUAUAGGUGUCUGACUUCGGCAAUGGGGAAUCCAGGGACUAUACGGAUACCAAUAUGUAUUGUUUUCUGAUGAACAACGAAUAGUGACCGAGUUGUUAAUGCCUCUUGAACGUAUUAAUCAAUGAAUAAUCAUCAUAACCUUUCCCGCCAUUUACAUGUCUCAUUUUGUGAAAGUAGCCGGAGGUUAUCAUAAUGAAUGUUGUAAGUAGAAUAUGGAACAAUCGAUUGAUGAAUCGAUGGGUAAAUUGUUGAAAUUUUAUUGAAAUUUAUAUAUCUGUAUGAAGUCAUAUGGUGAUAAUACUGACUGAACCGGAUGGAAGAGUGUUCGGUUUGCUAAUAGCUGAGGUAAUAAGUUA